AUGAUCUCACUGGACAUACUCCCUCCUCCUCUUCCUCACUCUUCCUCACUCUCACACACACGGCCACCCGGAGACUCCCAUCUCUUCUGCUGCUUCGUGAACCAGUCUCCUCCUCACCACCACCAUCACAACAAAAGCAACCCCGAGCCCAGGCAUCCUUCUCCCGCCGAACAAAAGACCCGUCCACCGCUGAAGCUUGGUGAAAAGAAUCGGGAUCGCAAAGGUGCAGAGAUUAGAGUCUGGGGAAAAACACACAGGAGUUCAAAGGUCAUGACGUCCGUGAACAUGACCCCGUCCUCUGCCGUUUGGACGGGAGACGAGCAGCCCGCGAUCAUAGAGGAGGAACCCGGCGCCACUUUCAGCCAAUCCAGCCAAUCACCCUCGACCGUGCCAUGCCCCCAGGUUAUAGGUGACCAGCUCAUCGAUGGCUCUGUCCAGGCCAACCCCCCGCCUCCCCGCAGCAAAUCCAAAGAUGAGCUUGUUAUAGUUAUCAACGAGAAGCUGAAGAACGGUAAUGGGAUCCACCCUUCAGACGGCACCUCUCCGGUCAUCUGCUCUCCUCCAAAGCGGCAACACUCCAUCUCGUAUCCCCACCAGGGCAAAACCCGCAAGGGCAGCAGGGCGAGCUCCAUCGGCUACACAGCGUUUUCCCCGCGGCCGUCACUGUCCCGCCACUCAAGCAUCGCCACCAACCCCCCCCUGGACCGGACCAAGGUCAAAGACUAUCUGCUGCUCUCGGUGCUGGCCUGCUUCUGUCCGGUGUGGCCCAUUAACAUUGUGGGCUUCGUCUACUCUGUCAUGUCUAAAAACAGCCUGGAGCAAGGAAACCUGGACGGGGCAGUGCGUCUAGGGCGGGUGGCCAAGAUGCUGGCUCUGGUGUCUCUGGUCGGAGGGACGGUCAUUAUCAUUGCCUGCAUAGUCAACCUGGCGAUAAACGUGAAAACUUGA